CCACAUGGUUCAUAUGUAACACUGAGCCAUUGCUGGGGAAACGCAGCUACUGUAUUCAAGCUUGAAAAAGCAAAUAAAGAAAGCCUAUUGAAAGAGUUACCACCUCUUGCAAAAACAUUUGAAGAGGCAAUUAUUGCAGCAAAAGAGCUUGGGGCUCGGUACAUUUGGAUUGAUUGCAUUUGCAUUAUCCAAGAUGAUAAAGCAGACUGGGAGAGAGAAGCCAGUCUAAUGGCUAACGUAUACCGAAAUGCCAUGUGCAAUAUAUCCGCAACCGCCUCCUCAGAUUCUACUGGUGGUCUUUUCUACAACAGAGAGGAAAUUUUCACCGGCAUCUCUCUGAGCUACCCUGAGACGGGAGAGAAGUUGCUUCUUAUUCGCGAAGAACUCGAAGUAGCAGGCUGGGUAUUACAAGAACGGCUUCUUUCGCCAAGAAUUGUGCAUUUUACAAACCGGCAGCUCGCCUGGGAGUGCAAUGAGCAUAUUGCCUUAACAUUUCGAUCUGAUUUACUGCCAGCACUGUCUGGUAUCGCAAAAUACCUACAAGAAAUAUCUGGAGCCACUUACUUGACUGGAAUUUGGAAG